AUGAAAGGUCAAAAAACACCACAAUUGCUGAAAAAAUAUGAAAGAACCAGAAGGAAAGCUAAAACCAUAAUCGCCGGAAGAAUGAAAGAAGUAGAAAAAUCUAUUAGAAUUAUGCAAAGACUACAAGAGAAGCCGAAAGAUUCACCACAAUCGAAAAAAAGAGAAAUCA